AUGAUCUUCAACAAGUCCAUCCUCGCCGUGGCCGUCAUGGCCCUGGCCAACGUCGUGGCCGCUGGAACCACCACCCCGCAGACCCCAGCCUGUGUCCUCAAGAUCAUCGGUCAUCAGGACAACCCGGCCGACAGCAAGGCCAUCUGCGGCAAGGAUGCCUCCAGUAUCCAGUCUGACAUCGCCGACAAGUGCUCCGACAGCGAUGCCGCACUGAAGUUCUUCGUCAGCAACUGCGCCCAGCUCGGCCACAAAGUUGUUGAGACCUCUCCUUCCUCCACCGCCACCUCUGGCAGUGCUUCCGCCUCCGGCUUCGUCACUGCUGCUUCUUCCAGCGGCGCUGCUGCCACCGGCUCCGGCUCCGGCACUGGUUCUGGUUCCUCCGCCGCUGCUACUGGCACUGGCUCUGGCACCAGCGCUGGCGGUGCUGGCUCUUCCAGCUCCGAGUCUGGUAGUGCCUCCAGCCCUACCUCGACCUUCAAUGCUGCUUCCUCUGACCGCCAGUUCUCUGCGACUACCUUUGCCGCUGCGAUCUUCCUGGGCGCUGCUGCUCUGCUGUGA